AUGGCACAAGUGCACCUCGCCGCGGUUUUCUCGCAGGAAGAUAUAGACGCACAAACAGCCUAUAGCUCGACGAACGAUUCCACCUCUGUGCUUCGUCUCUCCAAAGCUGCAGUGGAUGAUGGCUACGACUUCAUCAGCAUUCCUUUGACUAACAAUGCAUGGCGGACACGGUGGAAGAAAAUGUGCCUCACAGAUGGUGGAAAGCAGGAACCAGAAAUCGCAAAAUUGGCAGAAGAUUGGAGAGCCUCCGAAGGUCCUUUUGAAAGGUCGGAGAUGAAUAUUACAAGACUAGACGAGGCUUUGAACACUAUUGGUAUGGUGUCUGACUGGCUAGAGCUGGAUUCACCCGAUGAUGGCUUGAGAUACGAUUCCGAAAUAGCCCUAAAACAAGAGCUGUCAUUUGCAUCCUACUUGAACCUCCAGUCUGUCAUUCUUCCGCCACCACGAAACCGUCAAAAUGUGGCCGACUAUGCAAGAGCAGUCAAUGCAUGUCUCCACUCUACUACAACAUAUCUACAAGUCUCGAUACGUAUGCCAAUAUAUGAUCCACGUUCCGUUCCAAAAAGGUCUAUAGCCCCGGAAUCCGAAUCGAAUAACGUGCCACUGAGCGUACAUGCGCGUGCACCAGAUGGUGAUCUCAGCACCACGUGGGAAAUGUGGGAUGCGAUACGGACUGUAUGCGGUUAUAAUCCACGACUAUCCUUGAGUAAUUGGUUUGAUCAUAGACCAGUAUUGGCACUGAGACCGAUUUCUAGCGCUCGAUCUUACUCUUCCGCUUCCCUCAUCCGCUGGAAUACUGUCAAGAUGGAGUACGGAGCCAUGCUACCAGGUCCUCCUACCUGCGACUUCCUUUAUAUCCAAUGCCAAAGGUUAUCCGAUCAAAUGUGCACCAAAAUGGAGGUCAUCUGUCGUAUGCACAAUAUGUACGACAUUUGGAGCGGACAACCCCAUCGAUCAUUGCUUCAAAUCAAGCUGGAACGCUGGAGAAUUUUGCUAAAGCCACUAAUGGAUAAUUUGCAAAGUGGUACCUAUGAGACCUUUGAGCGAGAUCCAGUAAAAUACGAGCGAUAUGAAGAGGUAUCUAAUCUAUCAGGCGUGAUUUUAUUAACCCACUAUAGAGUGAUCUGUGUCGCCGGUGCUGGGCGAGGUCCUUUGGUUACGAGAUGUCUUCAAGCACUGGACCGAAACAGAAUGCAGGGUGUUGUAUAUGUUGUCGAGAAGAACCCCAAUGCAUUUGUCACGCUGCAAGAACAGAAGGAGAUGACCUGGGGCGAUAGAGUCAAUCUCAUAUAUGGGGAUAUGCGAAAAAUCCAGAUCCCGGAAAGUGUGGACAUUUUGGUCAGUGAAUUGUUGGGGUCCUUUGGAGACAACGAAGCCAGUCCGGAAUGUCUGGAUGGUGCUAUGCGGUUUCUGAAAGCCCCUAUAUGCUCGCCGAAACUUCACAACGAGGUACUAUUGAAUACAAAUAAGUCAAGCCCAGAGACGCCGUACGUGGUAAUGUUUCAAUCAGUCAAGACCUUAAGUGGUGAAGGUGGAGGACUUCGAG